UUUCGGAAAUGGAAAAUCAAAGAAAAAAAAAGAAGAAUAAUAAAAUAACGGAUCCUGACCCGAAUAGAAUAUAGCCUUAUAAACCCGGCCCAAGUAUAGCUUUCGGUUCUUCGAUCAAAACUCUCUCUCUCUCUCAUCGCAGAUUAUUAAUUUAUUUCAAAUUGUCAAUCGAACGUUAAGUUGCUACCGUUAUCGAUGAAGAAGAUGGAUUUAGUCUCUGGUUAUAAGGGAGUUGUUGGACUUAUGUUUGGGAAUGAAGAUUCAAGUUCCAAUGAAGAUAGCUAUGUUGAGCGGCUGCUAGAUUGUAUAAAAAAUGGUAAGCUGCCGGAGGAUAGAAGAAAUGCCAUGGCUGAACUUCAGGCCGUGGUUGCAGAAAGCCAUUCCGCACAGCUCGCUUUUGGGACCAUGGGAUUUCCCGUACUUUUCGGAGUCCUCAAGGAACUUGAUGAUGUUGAAAUGGUGCGCGGGGCUGUUGAAACUCUUUUGAGUGCUUUAACGCCAAUUUCACAAGCAAAGUCGCACAAAAACGAGGUUCAACCAGCUAUGAUGAACGCAGAUCUUUUAUCAAGAGACGAACAAAAUAUCUCGCUUCUUCUAAACCUAUUGUCAGAAGAUGACUUUUAUGUACGAUAUUACACACUACAACUCUUAACCGCACUAUUAACGAACUCCCAUGUUAGGUUACAGGAAGCGAUUCUUACGAUCCCUCGUGGUAUAACACGUCUUGUGGAUAUGCUUAUGGAUCGAGAGGUCAUAAGAAAUGAGGCAUUGUUACUUCUAACCUACUUGACCCGUGAAGCUGAAGAAAUCCAAAAAAUAUUGGUAUUUGAAGGUGCUUUUGAGAAGAUUUUCAGUAUUAUUAAGGAAGAGGGUGGUUCGGAUGGUGGCGUUGUUGUGCAGGAUUGUCUUGAAUUGUUGAACAAUCUCAUUCGCAGCAACGCAUCCAAUCAGGUGUUGUUACGAGAGACAAUAGGCUUUGACUCACUAAUAUCCAUUUUGAAACUUAGAGGAAGCACAUAUAGCUUUUCUCAACAAAAGACGAUAAAUCUACUGUGUGUUUUAGAAACAAUCAGGCUUCUGAUGAAUGGAGGUUCGGAAGCUGAUCCUGCGAAACAAAGUGAGAAAUCGACUAACAAAACAGUUUUGGCUCAGAGAAAAGUUUUGGACCAUUUGCUAAUGCUAGGAGUUGAAAGUCAAUGGGCCUCUGUUGCCGUCCGCUGUGCAGCUUUUAGAUGCAUAGGUGAUUUAAUAUACGGACAUCGUCAGAAUCUCGACGCACUUGCAAGCAAAUUUCUUGGUGACGAGCCGCAAGUUGAGCCAGCUCUGAAUUCGAUUCUGCGAAUUAUCUUACGGACUUCUAGCACGCAAGAGUUCGUUGCAGCUGACUAUGUUUUCAAGAGCUUUUGUGAGGAAAAUACAGAUGGUCAAAAAGUGCUAGCGUCUACGUUAAUUCCUCAACCGUUGUCGUUGACCCAUGCUCCGUUUGAGGAGGAUGUUAAUAUGUCAUUUGGAAGCAUGCUUUUACAUGGUCUUGCCUUGAGCGAACAUGACGGUGACCUUGAGACUAGUUGCAGAGCGGCUAGUGUUCUUUCUUAUAUACUAAAGGAUAAUAUUCAAUGCAAGGAAAAGGUUUUAAAAAUCGAAAUCGAGUCACCAACACCUUCACUGGGAACCCCUGAACCUCUGUUGCACCGUAUGGUAAAAUACUUAGCUCUCGCCUUUUCCAAGAAGGGCAAAGACGUAAAAUCAACAAACUCAUACGUUCAACCGAUAAUAUUAAAACUACUCGUCACGUGGCUCUCUGAUUGCCCAAACGCUGUGCAUUCAUUCCUGGCUUCACGUCCACAUUUAACGUAUCUAAUCGAGUUAAUAUCAAAUAACGAUACGACCGUUUGCGUAAGAGGAUUAGCAGCCGUGCUUUUAGGCGAGUGCGUUAUUUUUAACAAGUCGAUCGAGUCGGGAAAAGACGCGUUUAGCAUUGUUGAUGCCAUAAGCCAAAAGAUCGGACUCACGUCGUACUUUCAAACGCUAGAGGAGAUGCAGAAAAGCUUCGUGUUUUCAUCUGCAAAACCAGCGACUAAAAUGAACGAUAAUAGUGUGCCGGAUGUUGAAGAUAUCGAGGAUGACGUGGCGAGUGACCCGAAAAACGAGGACCACCCUAUGCUUGCUGAAAUGUUUGACUCUCAGUUUGUCAACUUUAUUAAGAAUUUGGAAACUAGUAUUAGAGACGGGGUUGUGAAUCUUUACAGUCACCCAAAGAGCGAUGUGUCUGUCAUUCCUGCUGAGCUGGAACAGAGAAAAGAUGAAGCUGAUGUGGAUUAUAUCAAGCGGCUCAAAUUGUUUUUGGAGAAACAAUGCUCCGAAAUACAGGAUCUUCUAAACCGAAACACAGUAUUAGCGGAGGACCUAGCUAAAACGGGUGGAGGUAAUUCAUCGCAAACCGAACCUAGACCUAAUAGCGGCUCCGAAAGGGUCCAAAUAGAAAAACUAAAACGCAAUCUUCUAGAAGCAUCUCAACGUGUUGAUAUGCUCAAAAACGACAAUUCGAAGCUCGAAAACGAGGUUUCUUCUUACAAAACAUUAUCCGCAAAAAUCGAAAACGAUUUAAAAAGCUUGUCGGAUGCUUACAAUAGCCUAGAACAGGCAAACUACCAUUUAGAAAACGAAGUCAAAGCGUUGAAAAAUGGCGGGUCAACAAUGGGUUCGGGUUUGAAUAUCGAGGCUAUAAAAGCGGAAGCAAGGGAAGAAGCUCAGAAAGAGAGUGAAGCGGAACUCGGUGACCUGCUUGUUUGUUUGGGUCAAGAACAGAGUAAAGUCGAGAAGUUGAGUGCGCGGUUAAUGGAGUUGGGAGAAGAUGUUGAUGCGUUGCUUGAAGGCAUAGGUGACGAUAUGGGUGCUCCUGAUGACGACGAUGAUGAUGAGGAUGAAGAUAAUGAAAAGUGAUGUGUUGAGUGUUUACAGAAGUUUGAAUAUUUAACUUGAAAUUUGCAUAUUUCUUAGAAUUUGUGCUGUUCUGUUUAUGGUUUUAGAUUAGUGUGCACUAUUGAAAGUGGUGUAUAAUGGGGUUAUUUUGAGGUCAAAUUCUGUGAUGUUUGUGUCUUAUUUAUUCACAAGUGCUUGAUUGUAUUAUACAUCACUUCCAAUACUACUGAGAGAUG